GACUUUGCCAGCACCAUCCCGGGCCACGGAGGCAUCAUGGACCGAUUCGACUGUCAGUACCUGAUGGCCACCUUCACACACGUCUACAUCGCCAGCUUCAUCAGGGGACCGAACCCGAGCAAAGUGCUGCAGCAGCUGUUGAUGCUUCGGCCUGACCAGCAGCUCGGCAUCUUCCACACACUCAACUCACACCUGAGAGAGCGAGGCAUGCUGCCGCCCGCCGCCGCCCCGGCCGAGUGAAACACGGCCGGCUGCACAGGAGGGACGACACAAGUGUGUGUGUGAGGGUUUGGAGAGUUUGUGUAAGCAUGCACACACAUAACACACACAGACACAAACACACACUCAUUAGUAUGGCUAUUUGGUGUGUGAUCCAAAGCAACUCGCAGAGCUUCCUUCUUCGUCCUGCCGGCUCUUCAUUCAACUUCCAACCAGCUCCAAACCUCGACCCUGAACCCGAGGCGACUCUUCACACUACGUGGAAUGACCUAAAAAAAACACAUUUACACAACAAGAAAAACAAGGGAGGCUUUGUUGCUUCCACUUGGAGCAGCACACAAACACGCUGAGGUCCUCAUCCUAAAAAAACACAGACUGCAGAUUAAUGGAACAAACAGACUCUAUGCACAUGGCGCUCUCUGCACACACACAUGGGGGGGUGUGCAGCUUCCAUGUGGACGCAGAUAUUGCACUGACUCUAGCUGAACAAAGAAAUUCAGAAGCUUUUACCAGCAAAACCUGGGGGCCCAAAGUGUGGGGCGGGCGGACCUGAGCUGCAGCGAACAGACUGAUGACUCGUCUUUGUGUGAGUGAAGUGAAGACGCGGCGGCGGCGGCAUACUGUAGACUCUGUUUUAUAGACUCUAUGUAAGCUAACCUCACAGCGUAACAAAACAUGUAGCAUGUACGCAAGUCCUGCUAACCCAAGCCAUGUUUCUUCUUCUUCCACAGUGUGAACUUUUUAGCUUUUAGUUUUCUGUCUGAAUCUAAAAAAAAAGAAAAAAAAAAGAGAGUCACACAAUUUCCAGAGUUUGACUGUAGGCAUGCUAACGCAGAAACUAGAGCGUCAACACUUCAACUUCAUGUCGUGUACAUAAAUAUACUGGAAAUAUUUAUCUGAACAAAUACUAUUACAUACUCUAAACUACUUACGUGACCUGCUGCAGAGAAAAACACUUUGAAGCUUUCAGAAAUGAUAUGCAAAAAAAAAAGAAAAAAAGAAAAGAGGAGUAACUCAUCCGUAGCCUUUAGCAUGAAGACUUUAGAUUUUUAACUUGUAGACGUAGCUUUGAUAUGAGGUCGCUGCUUUUUCGAGGGGGUGCUGGGUGAGCAUAACGUCGAGGUUUGAGAGGAGGAGGUCAACGUUUGGAAGACGGUCUGAGAGUUUCAGAUAAGAAGAGCCGAAGCCGUGCGGUGUGUUUAGUGUGGAGCCGGAGAAUAAGCAGCGGAGAGACUGAAAGCAGGAAACAUGGAUUUAGGAGAUUAUGCCUCGAAAUGAAAACACAAUGUUCAACCUGGUCGAGUCGCCAUGGUAGCAGCUUGAAUCAAAAGAAACCUGUUUCGAUAUGACAGCAGCAAAGAAAGAAGUCGUAGGCAAACUCCUGCACAUUCUGUAAAUUUCACCAAAACAUGGGAAACGCCCGAGGGCGCGUGUCCACAGAUGGCGCCCGUUUUCAAAACAAAUCAAUGAAGGUCAGCAUUUAAACCUUCCUCUGUGUCAGCUGUUACUGCGCUCACAGUUGAAAACAGUUUAACUUUUAGAAGAGCGCAGCACUCCUCAAUGUCACUUCUAGCUCACCGACCAAUCAGAAUCCAGACAAGGCGGGACUUACAAAAUCCACUUUAACAGCAAUGGCGGAGGAGACGCUCAUCUGUCUCGUCUUUUUGGAGGGAACAGUUUCCAUGUGUCGAGCUGCUGCUGACGUCACGACUCCUUUACAUCAUCUUCAUGGUGAUAUUUCUUUGAAUUAAAGUAAAUAUUAGUAACCAUAGCAACAAUAGGCGCUGGUGAGGAGUCUGCCUCACCAGAGCUCCUGUCUUAGCAGACGGAUGGCGUCCGUUACUUAUCGUGAUGUCAAAAAGUACUGAAACAUUUAGUUUUACAUUUACGCCGUGUGUCUGGUGUCAACGUGAGGAUGUGUGGUCUGACACCGGUUUAAGACGAAGAAAGACAAGAUGUGGUCUCUGCUUUCACUCUUUAUGCUAAGCUAGGCUAAUAGCCUCCGCACUCAGUGGACCCGAGCGUGAGGUUCUUCUUCUUCUUCUUCUGACUCUCUGAUGGAGAAACCGAACGUGUUGACCUUCCUCCGUCCUCGCACUCGAUGUUUAAAUCUUCGUCUGCAUUAAAUCAGUUUGAAUGUAGUUGGUGCCGCAGGAAGUUCUCACUGAUGAGAUCUGAGUUUAUAGACCGUGAUCCUCUGGGCCGAUGUUUUAUCAGCAAUAUUUGAUCUUAUGCAAGAAGGGGGGGGGGGUAGACUGUUAUAUUCAUGGUUGAUGAGUGAGGAAGUGGAAGCGUCAGGACGAGGCUGAUUCUCUGAACUGUUUACCAAAGCACUGUCUGAUUAACACUGAUUUAUUUCUAUUUAAGAGACGCUCUGACGCUCACCGAUCCAAACUCUCGUCUCCGCUCUCCUGACGGACGACUCGAGCAGAGUUUGGAUCUGAGCUGCGGAGCGACGCAAGGACUUUAACUUUGGCGGCCUGUGCAAUGUGUGUCCCCCUUUUUUUUAAAAAUUCUGUUCUCUUCCUUCAGGCGGACGCAGACGGCGUUUGAAUUUGUUCGUCCGGUUUUUGUUUUUGUGCAUUUUGGCGUUUUACAAAGAAAAGCGGUGCUGGGUGGAUGUUUUUUUGGGACCAGCUGUAUCGUACUGUAUAAACCUGCUUUACAGAGUUUUUCUCUCUUCGACCUUUCAAAAUAAGAUCACAUUCAGAUGACUGAAUGCCACCAACAAUCAGCAUGGACCGCAGACGGUGGAAUUAUGACCCAGAGUCUGGAGUGUGUGCGACCUGAAAUAUUAAACACGCUCUGAUAAUUAGAGAAUUAAUCAGAAAACCGUCUUUCCUGCGGUUUUAGACGUAACACCCAGUGUUUCCACGGCAACGGUAAAAAUGUCGUUUCCGUCUGAAAACUCUAAAAUAACGGAUUUCUAUGGCUUUGAUAACUGUUGGAAAUACUCUAGGUAAUGUAAGAACUUAACAAUAUAAAAUAUUUUUAGACCAUUUUUAAUUCAUUUAGAUAUUUUAAUGUGAAAAUUCUUCAUAUUAACCCUUUAAGUAUUCUGGGGUGGCCAAUAAGAUUUAAAGGGGGGCCCGUGCCGUCCCUCUGGACAUGCCCCUGCUCACAUCAAAUUUUAAUUUUAUUCUCCGGCUCAUUUCCCCUCUGGCGGUCCGUCCUCGUCACACAAACAAACCUGCAUAUUUUCCCUUCAAUUAAAAUGUUUCAGUUCAUUAAAAACUUCUGAGUUUGCUGAAAUCAGUGAAUUUAUAAAUCAGGAAUUAACGACUCGAGAAA